AUGAGCACCUUUUUCGAUGAAAUGAAGACCUCAUUCGAGGCUGUUCCAGUGGAAAGUGACAAUAAAAUUGCCACUUCUGAAUUUUUGGAGGCUUCAGAGUCGUUAGUGAAAUUGUUCGAUCUUUUAGGCAACUCAGCAUUUACAGUAGUUCAGAAAGAUUUGACGGGCAAUAUCACCAAAAUUCGUAAGCGUCUGCUUGCAACACCAAUUGAAUCUUCGACGCUUCAAGAUUUGGUGAACAAUGAACGUGCUUCAGGACACAAGACUGCAUCCGAAGGGCUACUUUGGUUGACGCGUGGCUUACAAUUCACUGCCCAAGCUCUAAGAGAAACGAUCGACAAUCCAGACUUGGAACUAACUAAAACUUUCACAGAUGCCUAUAGCAAAACCUUGAUCAAGUAUCACGGUAUACUAGUUAGACCUGUCUUCAAGUUGGCCAUGAAAGCUUGCCCAUACAGAAAAGAUUUUUUUGCCAAGUUAGGAGCUGAUCAAGAAAGAGUGAAUGAACAACUGAAGGUUUGGUUAUCUUCGCUCGAAAAGAUUGUGAAGAUUUUGCUAGAAUUCUUGGCUGUUACGUGCAAGGACUUGUAA